CCGCAGCCUCUGCCUAGAGAUACUCGAUAACUCUAAACCUCAUUGUCCAAUAUUUCCACUGUUUUGGUCCCCGCAUAUUACUCGACACCCCCUAUGGAGAUCAGGCAUUUGGUCAGGGCAGCCCUGUGAUUCUGGGAAAUGUCAAACUCUAAACUUGAAGUAAACUGGUUCGUCUUGGCUGACGAUGGGAGGGAAGAUGUCAGGCCUUCAGUUCGCGUGGAAUGGCUAUGCCAACUACUUCGUGGCAGUUGCCAAGUUGCCAAGCAAGACGCAGCGACUAAUGAGACGCUGUGAACGUAUUGCGGUCGAUGCGGACGUGGCAAGCUCCAAGGCGAUUAAAUCGGGUUUGUUGAGAUAUCGAGAAGUCGACUUUGUAUAUAAGUAUGUUGAGAGGCCCGACUUCAGCAACUAUAUCCAAAACAUCAUCAAGCCAUUUGUGUGGAGUCACAUAAAAACCAAGCUAUAUCCCACCGCGAACAGUUGCACAUUACAAACCCGUCCUCUCCCCAGUCACCACACGGAGAAGCCCAAUCUUCUACUUCACCAGUCCGCUACGAUGCAGUACAAGUCCUUCGCCGUCCUCUUCUCCCUCGUGGCCAUCGGCGCCACGCAGAACACCGACAACGAUAUUGACAUCGACGAGCUCGAAGCCACCGACUUCCCCGUAGCCUGCCAGUCAGCCUGCCUCGAAGCCGUCAACCUCUCGACCACGUGCGACGCGCAGAACAGCGACAACGACGCCGCGGAGAAGACGUGCGUGUGCGGCGCCAACAACGCCCAGUCCUUCUUGACGUCUUGCGCCGCCUGUACCAAGGCGAACGGGAUCAAUGACGGUACGAGUGACCUCGCAGAGGUGAUGCAAGCCUGCGGGUGGAGCUACGCCGACGUCUCUGCCAGUACGGCCUCGGGCGCUGCCGCGACCGCGAGCGCCGUGCUGUCGACUUUCACCUCGAACGGGAACGAGAUCGUGGCAACCGUUACUUCAGGCGCCGGCGCGAUCGUAUCCACAAUUACCUCGGAUGGAAGCGAGAUCCUGACCACCAUCACGUCGGGAGUUGGUGGCUUGGUGUCGACCAUCACGAGCGCGGCGGGAGACGCUACUUCGACCGACAGUACUGGUGCGGGUCCAGUCGCGACACCUUGCGUGGCUGCUGGGUUGAUGGCUGCUGGCAUCCUGGUUGGGUUGCCGGCUUUCUUGUAAUUGGCUGGUUGGGUAGAGAUGAGAUAUUCAUGAAGGUGGUGGGUGUAAUAUGUGUGAACCCCUCCUGAUCUGGGUGAGCCGUAUUGUAUUCUCAAAUCCUAAGAUCUGAGGUGUUCUGGAGGGAUGGAUACUCAACCGAGACUUCGGCGCGACUGUGGAGGAUACAAUAAUAGACAAUUUCCAAGCCCGACAGGUCCAUAAUCGUCAAUCGUCAGCAUCUGAUAUAGACAUCGCAGCUCCUCUUGUCCCAGCCUCAACAACAUGACGCUCCAUUCGACAUCAUCUAAGCUGUAACUGCUCCGGUGAUGCCGGCAGGGGUCGUCAUCGAAGGGAAAGCCUUGGGGCUAACAGUUGCCGACA